AUGUCUAGCUGCGAUAUCUCUCUCGUUGCGGUCUGGCCCGACCAGCGCCAGUUCACUAUCAUGGAUCAUAUGGCAUACAAUGAACUACCUAACCGCACGGUAAUGUGGCUUCGCUUCGUUGGCACCUGGAUUCUUGGCAGUGUCUUCAGUCCGUCUAGUUUCAGGUUAUUUAACACACUGCAUGGGGAUGCCCCUUGUGCAGAGGUUGAGAGCAAUGGAUCAGCCGCCAUCAUCCCUUGCAUUUCAGGAGAGGAUCGUUUCUUUUAUCUACAUGUCGAGGCUUGGGUCCCAUAUCCAAACUUCGCGGAUGGUACCGAUGAUGAGCGGGGUGAUCUCGAUUCCGAGUCCGACUCUAGCUCUGAUGAAGUUGAAGAGGCGGACGUCCUCCAUGCUCCCAGUUUCCCGAGGCAGUGGCUGCCAGGAGGGUUGCUAGAGGAUGAUGAUUUAGAUCAACUCGAGAGCAGCGAGGUUGCGACGAUAAGUCUAGAGAGUCGAUUGCGGAAAUGUUCUGUGACGUGA